ACUUGGCCCAAUCGAAUAAGGGUUUUCGAGGGGGGUUUCCAAUUACAUCGUCACUUCCAUCAGUGUUGCUUACACAUUAGGUUUUUCCUUGCAUUCCCAGAUUCCAUUCAUCCUAAAUUACUCAGUUCAUCAAUUAAGAUGAUGCGAUUAACAGAAAUGGCAAAAUCCAAACCCUUAAGCUCAACCCUAGCUCACCAAUUCACACAAAAAUGCUUCGUUAGUCGAACAGCAAAAGGAAAAGGCAAAGCAGGACAGAUACUAAAAAGAUCAAAAGUAACAACCAAGAAAGGAGCAGAAGUUGCUAAAAAAGAACCAAUAAGAAGAAAAUCCGAAUUCGAUGAAAUGGUUGAAGAUUGUUUAUCUUCAACUUCACCAGUUAGAUCAUUAAAGCCCAAAGAAAAAGCCCGUGAAGAAGAAAGAGAGAAAAUGGGUUUAAUUAGCAAAGCAAAAGAUGAAGAGAAGAAAAAAAUGAACAAAAUGAAGAAAGAAUUUGCUAAACCAUGGCCAAUUGGACCACCUGGUUUGGAUUUAAUUUCACUUGGGCUUGUUGAUAUCGAAAAGGUUCCGAAAUAUGAGUUGACUGUUGAAGAUGGAAGGAAGCUUGCGAAAGAGUAUAGUAGAGUUUUAAUGAGGAAGCAUAGGCAAAGACAGGCUGCUGAGACUACAUUGUUGAGCUUAAAGAAAGAGGCGAUUGAGGCGUUGCCGGAUAAUUUGAAAGAAGCUGCAUUGGUGCCUGAUUUGACACCGUUUCCUGUGAAUCGAUUUAUGGCUACUUUGACACCGCCGAUUGAAGGUUAUCUUGAGAAAGUUAUGGAGGCAGCUAAGAAGAGUUCUGCAAAGGAGAAGCUUAGAUGAUUUUGAGGGGUAAGGUGAUAUUGUAAUGUUAUCUUGUUUUU